AUGGCAAGUAACAUCGGCAACGUAAUCCUCGACAGCCAGGAGAUGCAGGAUCUUCGCGCACGGCUUGAUUCAGUGGAGGCGCAGAACGCGAGUCUUUCCGCUGAGUUGAGGGAAGCCCAAACAGCGGUCGAAGCUGUCAAGGCAAAGCAGGUUCAAGGAGGAGUCAAUGUAAUAACCGCACGAGACGAAUUCGCAUGGGACAUUUUCCCGAUGAUGGGGUACGCCAUCAAGCCCGACCGCAUGCUCUCGAAGAAGGGCAACUGGCAAAGCGUCAAACACGGCAAACUACUCCGUCUAGCAAACGAACUGAUGGCGCGCGUGUCUGGAGUGUGGCACUAUCUUGGGACAUACAGGUUCGUCUCGUCGGAGGUCUUCCCAGCGCAAUUAUUCAGAGAACUACCUGAACAGGUGCAACGACGUGUGGUUGCUCUGGCUGGUCACAAGCGUCACAGUGACGAGCUCCGCAGAAUGUUGGAGGACGGCGAAGUGACAAUGACCAAGAUUAGCUUCAGCAGGACUGGAAUGAACCAGCGGGUGUGGGACUGCCUCGCUUCUCAUGCCGAAGUCAACGCUGGUGACGCGCAGGCAGAAGGGAGCGACAAUUCUGAUGCUACAGACUAA